UGAAAACCUAGGUUCGUCUUUCUCAAUCAUCCAUCACGCACUAGCGAUUAGGGUUCUUGUUUUCUAAGAACGAAAUGUUUACCCGAAACCGGCAUUUGCGGUCUUCUUCUUCGUCCUCUGAGAAGAGGUCCUCCGUUUCAGAAAAUUCAAGCAAGAAGGUCAAUACCGUGAAGACCCAUUUGACAAAGAAGCGUACCCCUCUCGCCGACGUAAGCAAUAACAGAAAUGCCUCUCUCGCCGGUGCAAAGACCUCCAUUUCUGCUCCAUCCAACCCUUUGGUUCCAUGUGUGUCAAAGACUGCCAAGACGAAGGAUUCUAUUGCCAGUUCGCAGAAAAAAGUUAUGACCGGGAAGACUUUGAAAGCCUCAUUGAGCAUAAAAUCAAGUGAGUUGGUACUUUCCAAAGACGCAUGUUCAACCAGAAGUAGUCAACCUAAGGCUGGAGUUGGAGCCUUCCCUGCUCCAAGCACUGAUGUUGCUGUGUGUCCUGAUUUGAAUAUUGGGGUCAUUUCUCCAAGUAAAUCCUUUAGCGGUUCAGUUUCACUGGAUGAGAGCAUGUCAACCAGUGAUUCUUUGAAGACCCCGGAAUUCGAUUAUAUUGACAGUGAUGAUCUCGUAUUGACCAAAUCAAUUGAUAAUAAGACAUGUAGCACACUCAAUGUUUCAGACUCUUCAUUACUAGCAGGGAGAAUAUGUGGUAGUGAUACUAUCAAGAAGAUAGAAGCAAAUGAAGUUGUGGAUAUUGACUACAAUGUCAAGGACCCACAAUCCUGUGCACUAUUUGCCCAUGAAAUCUAUGAAUGUUUGCGUAAAUCUGAGGAAAUUAAAAGGCCGUCUAUGGACUAUAUGGAGAGGAUACAGAAAGACCUCUAUCCUAUCAUGAGGGCCAUACUCAUUGAUUGGCUUGUGGAGGUUGCCGAAGAGUACAGGCUUCUACCUGACACGCUAUUUUUGACAGUUAAUUACAUUGAUCGCUAUCUUUCUGGAAAUGCAAUGCAUAGGCAGCGAUUACAAUUACUUGGUGUUGCCUGCAUGCUGAUUGCUGCCAAAUACGAGGAGAUCUGUGCCCCUAAGGUGGAAGAGUUCUGUUAUAUAACUGAUAAUACAUAUUCUAAGGAGCAGGUGUUUCAGAUGGAAUCUGCUGUGCUUAAUUUCUUAAAGUUUGAAAUUACAGCUCCAACAGCCAGAUGUUUUUUAAGGCGCUUCAUUAUUGUUGCCAAACGUACCUGUGAGGUUCCAUUGAUGCAGUUGGAGUAUUUGGCAGACUAUCUCGCAGAGUUAUCUCUUAUAGAGUAUGGCAUGCUUAAGUACUCCCCAUCGUUAAUUGCUGCGUCAGCCACUUUCUUGGCUAUAUACAUACUGCUUCCGAGGAAGAAACCUUGGAAUUCUACGCUAAGGCAUUACACCGGUUACCAAGCAUCAGAAUUGUGUGAAUGUGUCAAGGGAUUGCAUUUGUUGUGCUGCGAUGGCUGUCAUGAUUUACCCGCUAUCAGGGAGAAAUACAGUCAGCAUAAGUUCAAGUUUGUGGCAAAGGAAUAUUGUCCUCCAUCAAUACCUCUAGAUAUAUUCGGCAACUAA